CACACACACACACACACACACUCACAGUGCGAGUAGACGCAGGACGUAAAGCUUGACAUCAUUUCUCCUCAGAGCACCACGGAGUACUGUGUGUUAGUCACCCUCACUCAAGCUGAGAACAAGGUGGGAAUGAGGAGCUUUGGCUGCAGUGGAUACUACGUUAGGAUGAAUGCGGAAGGAAAUAUGAGGAUAGACGUUUACAGCUGUACAGACAGGAAGUGAAGCUGCUUUGCCUUCGACUCAUUUCCUUCACUGAACUGAACACUUAGAAACAGCAUGUCUGUCUUUUUUUAGCAUGUUCCACUGUGAGGACUUGUGCUUGGGCUUUGAAAAAUCAUGACAGGAUGGACAGAUAGAACAAGGCCAUAAUGAACAAUCGUGGAUUGAUAAUCCUGUCAUUUUCCACCUCAGAGGCCAUUUUGUUUUGUAAAGCAACUCAUCAUAGACCAUAAAACCCACAAUCCAUUUGGCAGGAACGAGCCAAGGCAGAAGUCAAUUCCUGUUGCUGUGGUGGUUCCUUUAAAUCUUUUCUCUGGAAAUUCACCCAGAGGUUUAGUCUGUCUUAACCAUGAUAUUGAGAAGAAAACUGUACUUAGGCGCUUUGCUAGGUGCUAUUUUGUUUUUAAUGAUAGCUGCUCACACCAUUCAGAAGGCCAGUGUUGUGCCCAACAUAGAUUUAUCCACUCAUCAUCACGAUUUCAAGAACUGUAGCUGUCCAUCUUGUAUAGCAGACAAGGGUGUGUCAGGGUGGUUCGACCAACGCUAUGAUCAUAAACAGCAACCUUACCUCACCGGCAGGGACGAUGACAUAGAUCCACUUUCUCUGAAGUGGUGGCUGUCUUUGCAGGCAUCUAAUGGAGUGAUAAAGGGUGUCACCCAGAAGAUGUUUGAGAUCAUUCCCCCUCCACAUAAGAACGAAAUGCCACAGCAGGACCAGUGCCGGAAGUGUGCGGUUGUUGGAAACUCGGGGAAUCUGUUGAAGUCCAAAUAUGGAGCCUUGAUAGAUUCCCACCCAGUUGUUAUUAGAAUGAAUAGGGCAGUAACUGUGGGUUUUGAAGAGGAUGUUGGUAACCGAACCACCCACCACUUCAUGUACCCAGAGAGUGCGAUCGAUCUGAGACCUGGUGUCCACCUCGUCCUUCUUCCCUUCAAACUGAAAGACAUUCAGUGGUUGUCCAGCGCCCUUUCCACAGGAGAGAUCAUAAUGACGUACGUGAGAGUGAAAAGUCGUGUAAAAGCUGACAAAGACAAGGUGAUGGUUGUAAAUCCAGCCUUCUUUAAAUACACACAUGACAAAUGGACAGAGCGUCAUGGAAGGUACCCGUCCACCGGGAUAGUAGCCAUUAUAUUUGCUCUGCAUCAAUGUGAUGAGGUGUCAGUGUUUGGAUAUGGGGCAGACAAGCAAGGAAGCUGGCACCACUACUGGGAGUACAACAAAUAUGCUGCCGCCUUUCGAAAGACAGGUGUCCACAAUGCAGAUUUCGAGACUUUGAUUAUUCAGAGGCUCCACAAAGAGGGCAAAAUCAAACUGUACAUGUGAGCCUGUAAUUGUGGCCUUCAUUGACUCCGUACUGCUCAAAGCCAGAACGUGCAGAACGAGCUGCAUGGAAGCCAAAGAGACGCAGAUCUGUGAUCCACCCUAACAUUAAUUGACCACUGUGAACUGCACUGAACCAAACCCACAGACAUCAAGCUGUAGUCCUAAAACCAAAUUAACUUCUCCUGUUCUUUCAUUUGCCUUGUGCCUGAAGAAAAGAUGGAUGUUUGCCUUCCUUCCAGGCACUGAAACUUCGAAGAUGACAAACAGUAAGCAAAACAGCUUGAUGUGGUCCUCCUCAUAUACUUCUUUCUUACUGCAGCUGUUCUGACUAACCUCACAGUUUCUGUACUGCAAAUGUGCAAAAUUAGUUUCAUGUACAGUCAACAAAGUUGUCCGCACUACAAGAAAGAUGUUGAUCAUAAGCAGUUUUCAGGGCAACAUGAAGCAGAAUUCACAACCCAGCAACAGAAUAUUAGAUGAGAGGGGGCGGGGCUUGACUUGAUCUAUCUGUAAUUGAUUGGAUAAUAAAGGUGGCCGUUAAUUACCAGAUUGGACCAUCUGAUGUAUGGUUGGAGAGUUUCAUGUCAGCAGAAAAGAAAAUGCAUUUCGGAGGUCCAGCAAGUUGUUAAAUUUGGAUGAAAGCUUAUGAAAACAGUUUUCUUUGAAAUAGCAUUUAAUGAUAAAUCAUGCAAAAUGAGACCAUUAUUAAAAGUAUAGUU